GUCUUUGAUUAGAGAAAUUCGUUUAAAAAAGAAAAUACACAGCCGUUGAUUCUCAUGGCGACCGGAAAAAACUGUUACGGUCGCUCCGAUUACCGUUUUCUCACCGGCCACCACCGCCGCCCGCACUCGUUCACGUCGGAGUUGUCGUUUGAAUUCAACGAAUCGGACAUUUUCAACCUCGGUAGUUCGGAGUCUCCGGAGAGGCGGAGAUCUCCAACUCCGGGGACGUCGAUAUCGAAGAAAGGUUCGUCGAAACGGGGGGAGGGCGGCGGAGGUGGAGCGUCGUCGCUGCCGGUGAAUAUUCCGGAUUGGUCGAAGAUUCUGAAGGAGGAGUAUAGAGAGGAGCGGAGCUCGGAAUACGAGGGGGAUUUGGAGGAGGAAAGCGACGGCGACGAGGAAAUGAGAGUACCGCCUCACGAGUUUUUGGCGAGGUCGAGAACGGCGUCGUUUUCGGUGCAGGAAGGAAUUGGGAGGACGUUGAAAGGGAGAGAUCUGAGUAGGGUCCGAAAUGCAAUUUGGGAAAAAACUGGGUUCCAGGAUUGAAAUAUCUUAGAAAUAAACCAAACCAUCACAAUUUUACGACAUGUAGUUUUAGCACGUAAAACAAAACAAAAACUGGGAAAGGAAGGAUUUCUCCGA